AUGAAUCCCAGCGCUCUCCUUGGACUGUUGGCCUUCGCGGCUGCAGCCACUGCUGCACCUCCGCAUUGCGGUCACAACGCCCACUCCUCAUCCUCGAUCAAGAAUCUCAAGAACCAUAUCAAGAAUGUGGUCAUUCUGGAGAUGGAGAACCGCUCCUUCGACAACCUGCUUGGUGGCCAGACCCUUAAGGGCCUCGAGAAUCCUAUCAACAAUGGCCCUUACUGCAACCCCUACAACCUGACCGACUCCUCCAUGGGCCAUGUCUGCAGUAGGGCCAAGGACUUCGACUCUAUUCUGGAUGACCCCGAUCACUCGGUCACCGGAAACAACAUCGAGUUCUAUGGCACGCUCACUCCCAGUAACGAUGCUAUUGCCUCUGGCAAGCUCACUCCCAACCAGCGGGGCUUCGUCCACGAGCAGCUGCGCCGUUACGGUGACGAUGUCAACAAGACCGAGCUGGCUAAACAGGUCAUUAACUACUAUACCGAGGACGAGGUCCCAGUCUUCACGUCUCUCGUGCAGAACUACCUCACCUUCAACCACUGGCACUCCGACCACCCCGGUCCCACCAACCCCAACCGUGCCUACGUCCUCUCCGGCACCUCAGCCGGCCACGGCACAAACGACGACUCUUUCUACGACUACGGCCUCACCCAGCGCUCCAUUUUCCAGCAACUCUCCGAGACCAACCACACCUGGAAGAACUACUACACCAACACCCAAAUGGUCGACGCCUGGUUCUUCCACUGGACCAAAACCAGCGGCAACAAAGACCUCGCCCAGCCCUUAUCAACCUUCUACUCCGACGCCGCCACCGGCAACCUUCCUGAAUUUAGCUUCAUCGACCCGUCUUGCUGUGGCGUCGGCACGAAUUCAAUGCACCCAACUGGCCUAAUCUCCGACGGUGAAACAUUCAUCAAAAACGUCUACGACGCCCUCCGCGCCUCACCGCAGUGGAAUGAAACCCUCUUUAUCCUUACUUUCGACGAGACGGGCGGUUUCCAUGACCACGUUCCGCCACCGCUAGCUGUCCGUCCUGACAACCUAACUUACACCGAAACUGCGCCCAACGGCGAGAAAUACACUUUCUCCUUCGACCGUCUCGGCGGUCGUAUUCCUACCAUCCUGAUUUCUCCCUGGGUGGGCAAGGGCCUGGUGGAGCAGAAGGGAACCGAUUCGAAUGGAAAGACCGUUUCCUAUUCGGCUUCGUCUAUUCUGCGUACUUUGGGGUAUCUUUGGGACUUUGCACCCUUUACCCCGCGCGUUGGUUCUUCUGCUUCCUUUGAUCAUCUUAUUCGCAAUAUCAAGCGUGAUGACACACCGACUGCUUUGCCGGAGCCGAAGGCUUUUAAAGCGAAGCACUGA